AUGGCUUACUUUGGUUGCAGACAGAUACCAAGAAGUCAAAGGAUCAAAUUCCAAAUAGUCAAUACUAUGUUUGCAGCACUUGUCCUGGGACCUCAGCUCUAUGUCUUGACAAGCGAAAAGUCUUCCAGAUACUGCCGACAGCCUCUACUGAAUAACCUCUCAGCCUCUAUCGUGCUGUCUUGUAUUGCUGCAGGUUUCUCAGUUAUAUUCACGCUGUUGGAGCCGGUCCCUUUAAGUCUGUGGAGGUGUUAUUAUGUGUUUGGACUUGUGUCUUUUGGGCAUGGAUUAAGCACUGUCAUUUUAACCUCCACAGCAGCAUCUUGUGUCAACACCACCCCAGAACUGUACUACAUGUCUCUGCUUUUGACCGUGGCGUCCGGCAUAAGCACAGGGUUUUUUGUGGUGAAAUGUGCCCUGUGGCUGAAGAACAGACUCGGGGAAAAGGAACAGGAAGUGUCACAUGAGCUCCGGCAUUAA